AUGUCUCUAUUUGUAAACGAACAUAGUGCUCCAUUUGAAGAACGCUUACGUGUUGCCCUACAACUGUUGGAUCAAGUGCCUUUAAUUGAUGGGCAUAACGAUUUACCCUGGAAUAUACGAAAGUUCCUGCACAAUAAACUCAAUGACUUUAACUUUAAUGAAGAUCUCAGAGAAGUUAUGCCUUGGAAAAGAAGUCAUUGGAGUCAUACAGAUUUAACACGACUGAAAAAGGGGAGAAUAUCAGCACAGUUUUGGGCUGCCUAUGUUCCUUGUGAAGCACAACAUCGAGAUGCAGUACAACUGACACUAGAACAAAUAGAUGUUAUAAAAAGAUUAACGGAUCGUUAUUCACCACAGCUGACAACGUGUACAUCAGCUCAGGACAUUAUUGAAGCUCAUAAAAAUCAUCAAUUGUGUUCAUUAACGGGCGUUGAGGGCGGCCAUUCGUUGGGUGGCUCGUUGGCUGUACUAAGAACGUUAUACGCCAUAGGUGUUCGUUAUAUGACACUAACAUCUACUUGUCAUACACCCUGGGCCGAUUCCAGUUAUGCAGAUGCUCCAACAUACAAUGUUAAACAUGGCGGUUUAACGAUAUUUGGCAAGGUAAGUACUUGUUAAUAACAACGAGAUACAUACAUUUAUACUUAUGCUUGGCCAUAGUACCAUUUUAUUGAUGAAGCCAAAGAUGGAUGGCAUGUAUGAGCAAAUGAAUGAGUAAUCACUUUUUUUUAUUCUGUGGUAAGGGUCGAUGGCAGUAGUAAUUAUGAUAGGUAAAGGAGUUAAUUUAUGAUGAAA